AUGGAGAAAGGAAAAGAAGAUUACAUAGCUCACUGUCUAAUCUUGCCGUAUCCAAGCCAAGGUCACAUAAACCCUAUGCUCCAAUUCGCCAAACGUUUAAGCCAGAAAGGCGUAAAAAUCACUUUAGUCUUAACAAAAUUCUUGCACAAAACAAUACAAGAAUUUUCAAGUUCCCCCAUUUCCCUGGAAACGAUCUCUGAUGGAUUUGAUGAAGGAGGGAGGGCUCAGGCUGAGAGUUUAGCAGCGUACCGGAAACACUUUCGACUUAUUGGAACAGAAACUUUAUCAGAACUUGUGGAGAAGCACAAAACAGAUUUUGCUGUAGAUUGUAUAAUUUAUGAUCCAUUUCUGUCAUGGGUUCUUGAUGUAACCCAGAAAUUUGGAUUAGUUUCUGCUCCAUUAUUCACUCAAUCUUGUGCUGUGGGCAAUAUUUAUUACCAUGUAUACAAGGAGGAGUUGAAACUUCCUCUUUUAGAGACUCAGAAAAUUGUGAUUCCUGGAUUACCACUAUUGGAAUCUUCAGAUAUGCCUUCUUUUAUUUCUGUCCAUGGAUCACAUCCUGAAUCUUUUGAAAUGGUUUUGUAUCAGUUUCAGAAUCUGGAGAAAGCAAACUGGAUUUUUGUGAACACUUUUCACAAGUUGGAAGAAGAGGUGAUUAAUUCGAUGACAAAGUUUUUGCCAGUGAAGGCAAUCGGCCCGAUGAUACCUUCAAUGUAUAUAGACCAGAGGCUGAUGGAUGACAAAGAAUAUGGUUUUAGCAUGUUCAAGCCUAUCAGUGAUGUGUGCAUAAAAUGGCUAAAUGAACGAGCAAGGAGAUCGGUUGUUUAUGUAUCCUUCGGAAGUUUGGCUCAAUUAGGAGCCGAGCAAAUGGAAGAAUUAGCGCAAGGCUUAAAAAUGUGCAAUGAGUACUUCUUGUGGGUAGUUAGGUCAUCAGAAGAAUCUAAGCUUCCUGAAAACUUUUCGGAGGAGACGGCAAAGAAAGGACUAAUUGUGUCAUGGUGCCCGCAGUUAGAAGUAUUGGCACACAAGGCGACAGGGUGCUUCAUCACACAUUGUGGUUGGAAUUCAACUUUGGAGGCAUUGAGUUUGGGAGUUCCAAUGGUGGCAAUGCCUCAGUGGACUGACCAGAGCACAAAUGCGAAAUUUAUUAAGGAUGUUUGGAAAAUGGGAAUCAAGGCCAGGAUAGACGAGAAAGGAUUAGUCGAACAAGCAGAAAUCGUUCGUUGCAUAAAGCAUAUCAUGGAGGGAGAGGAGGGGGAAGAGAUCAGAACAAAUGUGAUAAAAUGGAAAGAAAUUGCUAGAGAGGCAAUCGAUGAGGGAGGGAGUUCUGACAAAAACAUCGAAGAAUUUAUAUCUUCACUUAUGAGCAAUACUUCCUCAACAGUAAUGUGA